UCUCUCUCUCUCUCUCUCUCUCUCUCUCUCUCCAUGCCUUACGAAGAGAACCCCAAGAAACCCUUUUACAUUCCAAAAAAGGCCACCAACCCCUUCUUCUGGCUUGCUGCCAUAGCUUGCAGCAUACUUGCAAGCGCAGUGAUCAUAACAUGCCUUGUUGUCUUCAUAGGAUACAUGGUCUACAAGCCUCGAAUCCCGAGCAUCGCGGUCACAUACGCGCACCUGGAUCGACUAGACUAUGAUCAAUACAGCCAACUCCAAACCCAAAUCACCCUAAUUGUCACAGCUGAGAACGACAAUCGUAGGGCCCAUGCCAGAUUCUCAGACUUAAGGUUUCUUCUCUACUUUCAGGGGCUUCCCAUAGCCGAUUUGAGGGCAGCUUCUUUUGAUGUGCCAAAGAAUAGUAGCCUUCCAUUGCACUAUGUAGUCCAAUCUGCCCCAGUUCCAUUAGAAGGAGGAGCAAUGGAGGAAAUCAACAGUGGUUUGCAAAACAACAAAAUUCCUUUCACCUUGAAGGGAUCGGUACGUACCAGAUGGAGAUUGGGGGGAGUGGGGUCGGUCAAGUUCACCUCGCACUUAUAUUGUUACCUCGAAUUCUUUCCUCCAUUUAUCAAUGGGAGUAGCAUUUCAAAAGCUUGUGGCACCAAGUCUCAGUGAUUAAGGGAAGCAGGUAGUCAUAAGCCUUCGACA